AUGACCAACAUGAGCUGGAGCUUCCUGACUCGGCUGCUGGAGGAGAUCCACAACCACUCCACCUUCGUGGGCAAGGUGUGGCUCACUGUGCUCAUCGUCUUCCGCAUUGUGCUCACGGCGGUGGGCGGGGAGUCCAUCUACUCAGACGAGCAGAGCAAGUUCACGUGCAACACGCGGCAGCCGGGCUGCGACAACGUCUGCUACGACGCCUUCGCUCCACUGUCCCACGUGCGCUUCUGGGUCUUCCAAAUAGUGGUCAUUUCCACACCUUCCGUCAUGUACCUGGGCUACGCCAUCCACCGCCUGGCGCGGGCCUCUGAGGAGGAGCGGCGCCGCGCCCUCCGCCGCCGCCACGGCCGCCUGCCGGGUCCCCGCCGCCCGCCGCCGCCGCCGCCCCACCCUGGCUGGCCCGAGCCCUCAGACCUGGGCGAGGAGGAGCCCAUGUUGGCCCUGGGCGAGGAGGAGGAGCUGGAGGCGGCCGAGGGCCUGGGCGAGGAGGAGGAGGAGGAGGCGGCGAUGGCCGCCAAGGGGGGCGGCGAGGACAGCAAAAGCGCAGCGGGGGCCCCAGGCCCGGCCGCCAAGCACGACGGGCGGCGGCGCAUCCAGCGCGAGGGCCUGAUGCGCGCGUACGUGGCGCAGCUGCUGGCGCGCGCCGUCUUCGAGGUGGCCUUCCUGGUGGGCCAGUACCUGCUGUACGGCUUCGAGGUGCGGCCCUUUUUCCGCUGCAGCCGCCAGCCCUGCCCGCACAUGGUCGACUGCUUCGUGUCGCGGCCCACCGAGAAGACGGUCUUCCUGCUGGUCAUGUACGUGGUCAGCUGCCUCUGCCUGCUGCUCAACCUCUGCGAGAUGGCGCACCUGGGCCUGGGCAACGCGCAGGACUCCGUGCGCGCGCGCCGCCGCCCGCCUGCCGCCGCCCCGGGCCCCGCGCCGCGCCCGCCGCCGCCCUGCGCCUUCGCGCCGGCUGCGCCCGCCCCUGCCGGCCCGCCGGACUACAGCCUGGUGGUGCGUGCGGCCGAGCGCGCGCGUGCCCACGACCAGAACCUGGCCAACCUAGCGCUGCAGGCCCUGCGUGAGCGCGGCCGCCACAGCCCGCCCUCGCCGGAUCUCAACGCUGCCGCGCGGGGCGCGCCCCGGGCCGCCGCCCUUGCCACCUCCUCCCGGACCGGCAGCGCCACCUCUGGGGGCACUGUCGGGGAGUCAGGCCGCCCGGGCGGGGCCCCCGAGCGGCAGGGCGCCAAGCCCAAGGCCGGCUCAGAGCCGGGCAGCGCCAGCAGCAAGGACGGGAAGACGACAGUGUGGAUCUGAGGGCAGACGCACCGCCCCACCCAGCCCCUCCUGGAAGGCUCCUCCUGCUCCCUCCGCGGCACCGCUGUACCACCUGGGGGCUGUGGGGAGGGACUGAGGAGUCCAGUGGUGGCCAGCCCGACGGGAUCCCAGAGACGCUGGGAGGGAAGGGACAGGCAUGCGCGCAACCAGGGGCAGGUCGGCGCUGAUGGGCACCUACAUCCUUCCCCUCAGGGUUUGCUGACCAGAGCCGACACCUGCGUGGUUCCCAGGCCGGCACUCGAUGGAGGAGGAGGGCAGCCAGCUGACAUUUCUGGAGCCCAGCUAGGGUCUGAGGCGGGAAAAGGGGCCUCUGCCCGUCCCUGGCCUCAGUUUCCGCAUGUACACAAGGAUGGCCUAGCAUUGCUUCCAGCUCUGUGGGAACCAGAACAUGGGCUGGAGGGGCGGGGGGCGGGGGAUGCUAGAGAAGGAGCCCCACUUGCACAGGAAGUGGAGAUAAGCACAGUCCGCACCCUCCACCCCCCCAGCUCCAGUGCAAUGUCAGAGGUUGGAAGGCUCUGCUCAAAAGAGCAGGGGCUCAGGAGGGCUGGUCUCUCCCCAGGCCCUGGGGUGGGAGCCCGGGGUGUGCACAGCUCACACCUGUGUCUGAGCUUUUGCUGACACCCUUCCUCUGGGACAUACUUGAAGUUCCACAAAGACCUUGGGGCUUGCCUUGCAGCUUGCUUAGGAGCUGUGUCCUAGGGGAUGCUCGGGAAAUGUGGCUCCCAAGUUCAGGUCCAUGGCCUCUCUGCCCUUCAGCCCCUCUUCGUGGCCCCUCCCUCAUUCACACAGUUUCCAAAACAAAGGGAGAAAAAUAAAACGAACUCUUGUUUACAACCAAGCUUGUGCUUUGUGUGUAUACGUGUGUGUGUCCACUGCUGGUCACCAGGCCACGUGUGCACUGUUCUGUGCCAGGCUGCCUGUGAGAAGAGGCUCUCAGAUGAGCAGGUCAGCCCGGCUACAGGCAGAGCCCCUGCAGCACUCAAGUAGAUGUGUGGGCACCACCCAGUGCCAGGCAGCAUGGAGGGGGUACAUGUGGUGGGGGGCCCAGUAGGACACACAGAUGGCAGGAAACAGAGCACUGCCUCCAAGGAGUAUCUGAAGUUCAGGACCCAAAGGUCAGGCUUGCAGCUAAGACAGAUGGGCACCCAGUAUUACCAGGACACAGGCCAGGGCCUGCCUCAGCUGCAGUGAGGGCCAGAGGAGGGCACGGCUGGACAGAGGUCAGCAGCUCUGAGCCAAAGUCCAGCAUGAUACAGACUUGUGAUCCAGCUGUCCCUCAGCCUCCCUCAGGCCAAGGCAGGUCUGGCAGCUCCUCCUGGCCUGCAAACCCCUCGCUCUUUGAUGUCCCCAGGCCAAGACCCAAGCCUGGCUGAGCCCUGACUCUAACCUGAGCCUGUCUCUGGUCAGACUCCAAAUGCAAGCCCAGUCCGACCCUUCUGGGCCCUGACUGCAUGACACUCCCUCCCCCUCCCCGGCCCCAGCAGGCUCCCAGCCCAGCUGAUUCCUGACCCCAGGCUGAGCCCCAACCCCAGGAAGUCCAUGGAUGGUGAUGCUGGAAGAGGAGCCCCAAAGAGGGAAAGCAUAGCCCAACCCAGAGCAGAUGUCUACCCCAGUGGAGACAGAGCCCCAGCUUUUCCGUCACAGGAAGGUCCAUAUGACUGGCCAGCACUGGAUUUGGUGCUGUACUGCUGACCAGGUCACUGUGGGGUGGGAUCAUGUUGAAUAUGUGAGGCUCCCAUUGCUGUGACAUGGUGCAUGAUGAUUGGACCAGGGAGGUGGGGGACAGACAUGUACAGAGAGGAACUGUGCCUUGGGGUCUCUUCAGUGUGCUCUCUCACUGUGGGUCUGCUCUGGGCGCUCAUCCACAGGUCUCUCCCCAAAGUCCCUGCCUCCUGUGCACCAGUGUUGCCCCUUCUAAGCCCCUGACCCUCUGACAAGACCAUCAGCCCUCCCCAAGC